GAGAUAGUCGUCACAGCCAAGUUUUAUACUUAAUCCAGUGUUUCCGUCUCUCUUAGCCUGUGAGCCCUUCUGGCCGGCGACGGACGUCAUGGGUUCGACCAGCAACAGUUCCAUGAACCCCAACGGCGGCGCCUCCUCCUCCGAAAUCGAAGGCCGCAGGACGGUGAACUUCUCGGCGCCGAGGGGGUUUCUGACGAAACUGAAGUCGGCAGCGAAGGAGACGCUGUUACCAGACGACCCUUUCAAGCAGUUCAAGAGCGGAGCGACGAGGAGAGAUAGAAUCGUGAAAGGAGUACAGUACUUCGUCCCCAUGUUCGAAUGGCUUUCAACUUACAAUCUCCGAUUGUUCUGGUCCGACCUCGUCGCCGGCCUCACCAUCACCAGUCUCGCCAUCCCUCAAGGCAUUAGCUACGCUAAGCUCGCCGAAAUUCCACCCGUCAUUGGCCUCUAUAGCAGUUUUGUGCCGCCGCUGGUGUAUGCGAUAUUUGGAAGCUCAAGGCACAUGGCGGUGGGGACGAUAGCGGCGGCGUCAUUGCUUCUGUACCAAACGGUUUCGAGCGUGGCGAAGCCUGAGGACGAUCCUGUGCUGUAUGUUCAUUUGAUUUUCACCACUACCUUCAUCACCGGCGUAUUUCAGGCUGCUUUAGGUAUUCUAAGAUUAGGGAUAUUGGUGGAUUUCUUAUCGCAUUCGACCAUAACAGGCUUCAUGGGAGGGACAGCAGUAAUACUGUGUCUUCAACAACUGAGGGGCAUAUUUGGAAUGACACAUUUCGCCAGUCGCACAAGCCUCAUCUCUGUGCUCAAGGCCAUCGUGGUCAACAGGAAUGAGAUAAGGUGGGAGACCACACUCAUGGGCGUCAUCUUCGUUGCUUUCUUGAUGUUCACUAAAUAUGUGAAGAAGAAAAAUCAGAAGUUCUUUUGGGUUGCAGCUAUAGCUCCAAUAACAACAGUGAUCGUUGGAGCUAUCAUCACCUACCUUGCCAAAGGCCAAAAUCAUGGAAUUCAAAUUGUGGGUCACCUAGAUCGAGGCUUAAAUCCUCUAUCUAUCAGCUUACUAAACUUUGAUCCUAAAUAUUUACCGGCAGUCCUGAAAGCUGGCAUCAUCACAGGCGUUUUGUCACUGGCGGAAGGUAUAGCAAUAGGAAGAAGCUUCGCUGUGACCGAAAAUACCCCCCAUGACGGGAACAAGGAGAUGGUCGCAUUUGGUCUAAUGAACCUUCUUGGCUCUUUCACUUCAUGCUACUUAACCAGUGGGCCAUUUUCGAAAAGUGCAGUGAAUUAUAACUCAGGAUGCAAGACGCAGAUGUCGAACGCAGUGCAAGCAGUGUUUAUGGCGAUGACACUAAUAUUUUUGGCUCCUUUGUUUGGAUACACUCCUCUAGUGGCACUGUCAGCGAUCAUUAUAUCAGCCAUGUUGGGACUUAUUGACUAUGAAGAAGCCAUCCAUCUCUACAAGGUCGACAAGUUUGACUUCCUCAUUUGCAUGUCUUGCUUCUUAGGAGUCACCUUCAUUAGCAUGGACGUUGGCCUCUUCUUAUCUAUUGGACUUGGAGUGCUGAGAGCACUGUUGUACGUGGCUAGGCCAGCGUCAUGCAAGCUUGGAAAGAUACCAGACUCAUCUUUGUACAGAGACGUUGAGCAGUAUCCAACUUCAACCUUAUUGCCAGGUGUUCUCAUCGUUCAACUUGGUUCUCCUAUCUACUUCGCCAACUCUUCCUACAUCAAAGAGAGGAUCAGGAGGUAUAUCCAGAGCGAGGAGAAUUCUCAUAUCGGGAAUACUGUAGAGCAGGUCAUACUCGAUAUAUCAAGCGUAACCUCCAUUGAUGUAACUGCCAUUGAAGGACUAUUGGAGUUACGUAAGAUCCUAGGAAAAAAUGGAAAGCAGAUUUCAAUAGUGAACCCAAGGAAGGAGGUUAUGGAGAAGUUGAUAACAUCAAAGUUUGUAGAAGUGGUUGGGAAAGAGUCCUUCUUUUUGUGUGUGGAUGAUGCAGUGGCGGCUAGUCAAUUUCAGCUUCGUGCAUCCAAGCAAAUUCUUGAGAGAUGAUCAUAUAUAUCAAGAAAUUAUAGUGUGUGUUUGGUAUUGUUUUGAUUUUGGUCAAAAUCGCGUUUUGGCCAAAGAAAUAUAGAAGCAGUCUUUUGAUUUUGAUCAAAACGUGGCUUUAACUAAAACCAACACAAUACCAAGCACAUUCUAACUGGCUAUCUUAUUAUCUAUAACAAAGCGUUGCUAUCAAGGUUGUGAUGAUCUCUACUUUAAUUUUAGAUUUUGUGUGUGUGUGAAGAUUAUUGUUAAAGGGGAUGAAUAAAGUAAAAGGAAGGGGAAAUAGAUUUUGAUGUUUUUUGGAAGAGAUCGAGAUAAAUUAGCAUACUAUUGUCAGAUCAAAAGCAAUGUAAAAUAAUCAUAGUGGAUAGAGUGAACAAUCAUGAUUGGAGUGAUUUACUUGUCAAUGUAAGUUGAGUUUUGACCAUA